ACCGCUGUGAGCAGGGAAAUACAUUUCAGGCUCACUCCUGAAGUUUGCCUCUCACUCUCAAGCGUGAGGCAGUACAGACGUACAAGGCAGAGGGAUUACUGAAGCUUCAACCUUAUGACCUCACAUAAGUCUCUGCAGACAGAAGAGGAAAAGUCAUGAGCAACUCCAACUGGAUGUCCCAACUGCCGGCUGAACUUCAUACAGUGCCUCUCUUUAAUCUGGCCAUACCAGGGAGCCAUGACUCGAUGAGCUACGACCUGGACCUCAACUCCUCCAUAAUAGAGCCUGACAGACUGAAAAGAUUCAGCAAGAUUUACUGUGUGCGUAAAACUGUGCGAAAAUGGGCAACCACGCAGGAAGUGGCCAUGGCAAAGCAGCUGGAGUCAGGGGUUCGCUACUUUGACCUGAGGAUCGCUCGCAAGCCAAACGACACCAAUCCCACCAGGCUUUACUUUUACCACGGGCUGUACACGCGGACUGAUGUGGAGACUGUUUUCAAGGACAUACAAAAAUGGGGAGCGGAUCACCCGAAGGAGAUCCUGAUCCUGGCUCUGUCAGGCUUCAAAGGGUUUGACAAAAAGAACGAGUGGAAUCUUCACAACCACCUUAUCCACUUCAUCAAGAACUUGUUUCAAGCCAAAAUCAUUCAAAGAACGGAGAAACCCACCCUGAAGAGUUGCUGGGACCGAGGCAAAAACAUCAUAGUGUCAUAUGAUCACCCAGCAUAUCUACAGCCAGCAUUAUGGGGGAAAAUCAAUUAUUACUAUGGCGACAGCAUGGACACUACAAAAAUUCAAUCAAAACUCUGUCAUGUUUUGGAACAAAAAAGACCUUCAAAUUGUUUCUUUGUAUGUGGUUUGAAUCUGACUCUGCCAAACGAUGCAAGGAUACUCAAGUACAUCCUUCGUCUAUGUGACAACCUCCCCAAUGUCAUACGGAGGAGUCUGCCAAGGCUGCUGCGUUGGUUGAACCAACAAUCUGCCAAAACUCCUGUGAAUAUUGUCGCCUCUGACUUGGUGACACGAGACAACUUUGUCUCAACAGUUGUGAAGCUCAAUUUAAAGAGUGCGAAAGCGUGAUGAAAGUGUUUCAGCUUGUUUUGGUCACAAAACCCCCAUCCAGUCAGCAGGCCAUAGUCUUACUUGAAGAUUAAGUUUGUGACUUUUACAAAAAGAUGAAUGUUUUAAAACGGUUUGAAGAAAUUGUUGUUUUUGAAAACAAAAUAAAAUAUAAAAA